AUGGCUGAAGGAGGAGACAGUGGCUACGGUCUCUACCAGGAAGAUCAAGAUGAUACCCUUGAUUGGACGGGUCUACUGGCCCUCUUCAUUUACUGGGGUGUGUCUGUCGGCUACUACACGAUAUUCCACUCGCUCAUUUUCGUUGGCGGCACCGAUUACCGUUGGAGCUGUAUUAUGCGUGGGGGUAGUCUCUUCUUUACUUUCUACUCUUUCCUUAUGACAUUUGAUUCAGCCUUCCCCAUGGAAGCACCUUUGGCAGUGAAGCCACUGCAAGUUGUCUUACUUGCCCAAGAGAUUAUAGAAGCUAAACUUUCUGCUGUGGAAGAAGACAUUACUUACUUAGAGAAAAAACGAGCCUGUUACGUCCAGCAGAGGCUGGAGAUAGCAUGUGAACUGCAGAGAAGGCAAAUGCUGGCUAUGCCUAUUGGUCAGCUCCCUUUCGAGCAUAUAGUUCAGUUCCUCACUGAUAGAGACGUGGCGAGACUAUCCGCUACUAGUCGUCAUUACCGUGUGGCGUGCCGCGACCCUAUUAAAGGGAAAUUGAUGGUCCCUCACAUUGCCCAUGGUGGAACCAGUUCUGCAUCCUUUGGUCGCACCAUGAAGGCUGUGAGCCGACUGUGUCUGCCAAGCAUCGAGAGCAUGAAACUAGAUGCCCGGAAAUCAGGGGCGCAUGGCCUUCUCUCGGCACUGUCUCGCCUAAGUGCGGGUUCGGUAUCGAAUCUUCGGACCUUACGGGUCAACUGCGCUGCUGAGAGGGAGUUCUUUGUUGACAAUCUGCUGGAGUUCUGCACUGAGGUGAUGGCACCCAACCAGCUGGAGUCACUCCAUAUUAGCGGCCUCCGAAGCUUCGAUGCCUUGUGCGAAAUUCUGCGAGCCCAUAGCGCCUCUCUCAAGACGGUGCGAGCGGACUAUUUUGUAGCGGGACACGAGACGGCGUUCGAGAAGGAGGCCCUACCUAUAAUGCCGAAGCUUACAUCAUUAGCUCUUGAUGUGGCAGAUGUGACGACGAUAUCGGCGUCAUUCGCACUGGAUAUGCUGAACGCUAUUGAGCGACCUGAAAUGGUUACGCGAUUGUAUCUUCCUCACGUUGAAAUCAGUGGAGACAGUCACGAUGUUAGUGCUGUAACUAAAACACUUAGUCGCUUCACUUCUUUGAAGCAACUAGUCCUGAGAUUCGGCUUCAUGCCAGUUAGUGUCGAGAAGCUCAUCAGGAUGCGGCAGAUGGACUUGGGACACCUUCCAGCUGUCUGCAUAUCCGAUCACUUCAUUGUCGCCAUGGAGAAAUGGGCACCCUGGUGGCCUAGCAUUGCUGAGGUGUGGGAGAAGGAGGAUGGGAUUACUGGACUGUCGGUAUUUCACGAGCAGAUCGACUUUGAGGCUCUCGGCACUUCGGCGGCUCGAGAGUGGUCCAAACUUAGUCCCGAGGAACAGCAAAUGUGGGAGAAGAAGAUCGCUCCUACGGUUAAGCGCCUCUUCGUGGAAGCUCGAGCGAAAGCACCACCACGAGAGGUCCCACGGCUUGGCAGAAGCCAACAGUGUGUUGCUUCUGGAUGACGAAUUCUUCCAGUGUCCUUUUAACUCAUCAUAUUCUUGGCUUGCCGCCUUAUGUAUAAUAUCAUUGAUCGAUACUAGUCAGCAUCUGCUUGAAGGCCUUUGGGCUCGCUGUGAGUAAUGUCAGAUUGUCUUAUCUUUCGGAAGCGCACGAUUAAGCCGCUCCGUUGUUUGUUGUUGCUGGUUGCGAUGAUCAUAGUCUUGGCCUUGGCGAUUGUUGCUCAGUUGCCUCCUACGUACAAUACAGGCAUUCUGAAUGCCAUUAUUUCUGUUCAUAUACACAUCGUUGUCGUCCGAAUUCUUAUAUCCGCUAUGG